AACAAAUGUUAGAUCUGUGGCUUUUGUGCUUUUUAAUGAAAUUGCAAUAAAUUUUCCUAAGGCUAUCAUAACAGUAGAAUUCCCUAGCAAUAUCAGCCAGUAUUAAAAUGACCAUGGCUUUCUCUGUGGGUCAGUUUCUGACUCUGGCAGUGUACUGCUUUAAAUUUUGUAUGUAUAAUCUUGAGUAAUGGAUUUCAAUACUUUUGAAUCUGCUAUCAUCUGAAUGUUUUCACUGACAUGAAUGAGUUGGUAGAAGCAGUGUACUCUUUGGCCUUAAGAGUUGCACAAGGCACAAAGCAACAGUGAGCACCUUCAUGUUUACUCAUUUUCAUAAAUAUCCAUCUUUACCUCAUCAUGCGCUACUCAACCAGCUUGCGAUUGCCUGUUGAGGCCGCUGAGAUGAAAAUGUGAUGCAAAUAUUUGGCAAAGGACCUGGGCUCAUAAAAAACAUUCCUAACAAAUGUGUGCUAUUCUAGGGUAGGCUUUCCUGCAUCUGUAUACAUGAUAUUCAUUAACAUAUAAAAGGAGAAGAACUGGCACAGUUGUGUAUAAUUUAAUGAUUUGCAGAUUACUCUAUGCUUCAACACUAGAGAGCACCAUAACACACUGUACAGCACAAAAAACAGGGUUUCUGUUCCAGUCAUUCCAGCAGGUGAGCAGUUUUCCUAAACAAAGGAUGUUCCAUUAACCCUGAAUUUACCUUUCAGUUUCAGAAAUCCAUGUGUACUUUUGUCUUCCAGAGGACAACUUACUGCCCUUGCAAAUAAAAACACAUUUAGGCAUGCUUAGUAGAAAACUAGCACUACUUCCUUCUUUUUUUUUGCCUGUUCAAACAAACAGAAGGCAGUGCAAUCAACAGCACUAGGUUUCUUUAUCAGUGGAAGUUCUCUGGACUAUGAACAGACAUUUAGUUAUAUAUAUAACUAAAUGAUGCUCACUUUAUAUGUGAAUUAAUCCAAUCAUUUUAGAAUUAAGGGUUAAAAAUAGUGCCAAUUAGGUAGCAUUUCUAUCUAAUUAAAAUUCACUAAAUCAACUCCGCCCAUCUUUUUUUUAAUAGUGCUGUCCUGCUAUAUACAUAGAAUGAUCAUAUCUGUAAAUGGCUGUGAAGUAUCUCAUGAAGUGUCUUUUAUGCUAAUUUAAAGUAGUCUUUUUAGUAUAUGCCAUUAUUAUUUAGUGGAGUACAUAAAAAUAGGAGUGGGUGAAAUAUCUAAAUUUAGAAGGGCUAUAAAGUAAAUAACAAUUUAAAUCUAAAAAGCUAUAAAAGAGUCACAUCUUGAUGCUCUCCAACCUCAAAGUGGGGGAAACUUUGAUGCGGUACAUGCAGCCAUCGAAGAGAAAGGGCAAAGUAUUAAUAAACAGAGGAAGAAAAAGGGAGGGGUGACGAGGCAAUGUGUUGUAAAAAGUAAAACAGAGGGAGGGCAACAAGUUAGUAGGCGAGAGAGAGAGAGAAACAGUGAAAGUUCUGCCCUCUGAGAGAAUCAAAAGCAACAGCUGUUCAGGACAGACCCACCACAGGGUGCAGAGCUGCCAGUAGUGACAAGUUGAGGACUGGACAACUGUGAGGAAGGAGGGAUGAAGAGCAGGGAAGCAUGCACCUGGAUUAAAAAGUGAGUCCUACUAAAUAUGUGGUAUUCAGGAAGGGAAUAGAGCAGGAAACUACCGUGUAACUAGGUGGUGCUAGAUGGACAUUUAGAAGAGGAACUCUGACAAAUGAGGAAUGAAGCAUAAAAGCAAUGGCACAGUACCUGAGAGAUAGAGAGAAGUAGUGAGAGACAGAACACCAGAGAGAACAAUACAAAGAGAGAGAGAGAGAGAGAGAGAGAGACAGCAGCAGAAACAAGGGGGUGGGAGACACACACCAAAAAAGGGCUUGAGCCAGAGCUGGAAUCAAUGCUUGCUGGACAAACGCACAGACGCCAGGGGAGAAGAAUAAGGCAACAACAGACAGACAGUGCAAGUGAAAGAGAGAGAGAGAGAAAGAGAGAGAGAGAGAGACAGAAACAAACAGACUGAUUUGUGAGGGGCAUUAAACAGAACAGGGUGCACUAAGGACUGGGUAAGUGUAUUAAAGUAUGUGCAGUAUGUUUUGGGGUUAGUGGUAGUGUACAGAUUUAUAGGAGUGGGUGAAUAGGGAGUGUCCUUUAUUUGAGGCUAUGGAAUAGAGCUGCAGCUGAACACAGACUGUGAGCUGUGGUGUGCUACCAUGUCCACGGGCCCCGGGCCCCGAGAGGCCCCUCUGCCCAGAGAGAAGCUGUUGAAGGAGCCUGGUGUGAUGGUGGGGAGCUCGGCACAUAGUCCUGUGGGACUUCAGACACUACUUGACCUGCUGGUUGGAGUCUACCAGGAGUUCCAGUCCUCCGAUACAGCCAGAGAUAGAUACAUCAGCCGCUUCCUGCAGUGGGAGCCUCUGGUGAGCCAAGUGAAGAAGACCCGCAUAAAAAGGGAUGAUUUCAACAUCUUGAAGGUGAUUGGCCGGGGGACCUUCAGUGAGGUCGCUGUGGCUAGAAUGCGUGACACUCAACAGGUCUAUGCACUGAAGAUAAUGAACAAAUGGGACAUGCUGAAGCGUGGAGAGACAGCAUGCUUUCAGGAGGAAAGGGAGGUUUUGCUAAAAGGGGAUCGUCGCUGGAUCACCGAGUUGCACUAUGCCUUCCAAGAUGACAAUUACCUUUACUUAGCAAUGGAUUACUAUGUUGGUGGAGACUUGCUGACGUUGCUUAGUAAGUUUGGUGACCAUAUUCCAGAGGACAUGGCUCAGUUUUACUUAGCGGAGAUGGUGAUGGCUAUUGAUUCUGUCCACAGACUGGGCUACGUCCACAGAGAUGUGAAGCCUGAUAACAUCCUGCUAACUGCGAAUGGACAUGUGCGACUGGGGGACUUUGGGUCAUGUUUGAGACUGCAGGAUGAUGGCUUGGUUCACUCUUCGCUGGCUGUAGGUACUCCAGACUACCUGUCUCCAGAGAUCUUGAGAGCAGUAGAAGGAGGAGGAGGAUAUGGUGUAGAAUGUGACUGGUGGGCUCUUGGUGUGUGUGCGUAUGAGAUGCUACUGGGGACCACACCCUUCUAUGCAGAGUCUCUGUCUGAAACUUAUGCAAAAAUAAUCCACUUUCAGGAUUAUUUUGAGUUCCCUGCAUCUGCUGUGGAGAUUUCCGAGGAGGCACGCGCCCUGAUCACAGUUUUGCUAUGUGACAGGAACGAGAGGCUGGGUGCAAAUGGCUCUGCAGAUUUCCGGAGUCAUCCUUUCUUCAGCGGACUUGAGUGGAGUGCCCUGCACCAGUUACCUGCUCCCUAUCAGCCUGAAGUUUCCAAUGCUACAGACACCUCCAACUUUGACGUGCUGGAUGACUGUCUCAGUGAAACAGAGACUCUAACUGAUGUAAUGGACAGAGCACCUACAGGAGUUCACCUAGCAUUUGUUGGAUACUCUUAUACAGCUACUAGAGAAACAGGAGCUGUGGACCGCAGCCAAGACAUCAUGAUGGAGAUUGAUCAGCAGCCAAUUCUAGAGUCUCUGUACCUGCAGGAGAAACUGAAUCAAGUGUGGCAGCUCAGGGAGCAUCAUGAGGUGUCAACACAGACAGAUUUUCCCCUGGCCCUUGAACACAGUACUGUAGAGUCUUCAACCACAUCAGAUACAGAACAGAGCAAUGCCCAAAUCCAGGAACUACAAAGGCAACUGAGGGAGGCUGAGCAGAGAAACAGAGACCUGAAACAAGAAGUACAGACCCUCUGUGACGAGAUCCACAGAUUCAAGGUCCAGCAGGACAAAGAACUGUGUGUGUGCCCAUCGCCUGUCUUUCUGCCUGCCUGCUGUGUGGAGCCUUUCAGGGAUAACUCAGCAGUGCCCCCUGCCUGCCAUUACCCACUAGUGAGGCCUCUGCUGCGCCACCUGCUGCUCUUCCACAGGGUGCGUUGGCCACAGGUGAAGACUGAGUCGUACUUGCUGGUGUGUGCAAAAAGCAGAGAACUCCAGAUGUGGGAGUGCUACCGCAGUUCUGAGCUCUCCUGAGUGCUGCUGUGUGAAGAGCCAAUGUCGGGUUCUCUGUGUGGGUCCAGCAUGAUUGUCUGACAUCCUCAGACAGUUUGUAUAGUCCAGUCUCUAAAACUCUCCACACCUUAUUCUAAGCCACACUGUUGAGAUCCACCCUGUUGUUAACACCAUUCAGGAGUACUGUAUGUGCAACUGGGGUUCAUUCAGUAACAAGUAGCAAGCUUAAUUUGUUAAUGUUUACUUUAUAGGCCUCAUUGAUUUUCAUUGAUUUUGGUUUCAUGCAGGCUGACACUUGAUUGCACUUGUUAAUGAAAAAUGGGUUUAUGGUCUUUCAGUUUGUAUGAUACUCCUUUUAUACACACUUAAGCUUUUGAAAUAUAAUUUAAACAAGUACCAUCUGAUAUAUCAAAGUGUGUGUAUCAGGCACUGACACUAACACACAUUAGCGUAGAUACAGACAAAAGAAAAAGAGGAGAGGACAUAGAGAAAGACCACUGAAUCCCAGGUGUGCUGUUAUAAUGCACUGUGUACUGAAGAGAUUUUAUUAUCUUUUGUACAAAGAAAGUAUUGCACAUUUAAAAGCUAUAAAUGUUAACUAAGUAUUACAUAUUUAUUACAGGACAACUCAAUUUUCUUUUGUCCAUAAAAUGCUUGAGUGAACAAAUGCUGUUUAUGGUGUGGAAAAGACUAUUAUAUUAUUACAGAAG